CUGGUUCUGAAUGUGGAAACUGAGAUGGGCUCCUUCCUCACUAAUGCUGCUCUGAGGAUUUCAGCCAUGGGUUUGAUCUCUCCCUCAAAAAUUGUCUGGUUAUGGGCUUUUCUGUCUUCUUUUCUCCUAGUGGUUGUGUGUAAUCUAGAGGGCUCUCUACACAAAGAUCUAAUGAUAGGCUACAAUAAAAACAUACGACCUGUGGAGCACCACGGUGACAUCACAAAUGUGAAAAUCAAGAUGACCCUUACAAACCUCAUUUCUCUGAAUGAGAAAGAAGAGACCCUCACCACUUGCGUUUGGAUUGAGAUGACAUGGCGUGAUUAUAGACUCAGCUGGGCACACAGGACAGGGUUUGAGGUCUAUGAGAACAUCACCCGCAUGCGUCUUCCCUCAAAAGCCAUCUGGCUGCCUGAUGUUGGCCUGGAGAACAAUGUAGAUGGGCACUUUGAGGUGGCUCUCUAUACUAAUGCUCUGAUAGAUCCUGAUGGUAGUGUGGUCUGGCUGCCCCCUGCCAUCUACCGGAGCUCCUGUGGCAUCAAAGUCAACUACUUCCCCUUCGACUGGCAGAACUGCAGCAUGGUGUUCAGAUCUCAGACAUACAACUCUAAUGAAAUCACACUGAUGUUGGCAGAGGAGGGCAAUGUGACUAUGGAAUGGAUCGAGAUCGACCCAGAAGCUUUUACUGAAAAUGGUGAAUGGAUUAUUAAGCACCGCCCUGCUAAGAAGGUUGUGAAUAAGCGAUACAGCCCAGAUGAAUUGGAGUACCAAGAUAUCAUCUUCUUCCUUAUCAUCCAGAGAAAGCCACUCUUCUAUGUCAUUAACAUCAUCGUACCUUGUGUCCUCUUUUCAUCCCUCGGGCUUCUUGUCUACUUCCUGCCAGCUAAAGCUGGAGGACAGAAAUGCACCAUGGCCAUUGCAAUCCUGCUGGGUCAAACUGUCUUCCUGUUUCUUAUCGCCAAGAAAGUGCCAGAAACCUCCCAGGCUGUGCCUCUCAUUGGGAAGUAUCUGAUGUUUGUGAUGUCAGUGACAACGAUAACUGUGAUGAACUGUGUGGUGGUAUUAAAUGUUUCUCUUCGAACUCCAAACACCCACCCUAUGAGCAACACCAUUAGAAAGGUCUUGUUGAACAUCCUUCCUCGUCUGCUGAGGAUGAGGAUGCAGCGCUGGACACCUGACAAGAGCGAGCAGGAGGAGGGGGUUUUUAAGAUGUUUGUCCUGGGUGAUGGCAGCCCGCUCCAUCGUAGGAGACGCAGCUCUUUGGGACUGAUAGCAAAGGCAGAUGAAUACAUGUUCAGAACAGCACGGUCAGAGCUGAUGUUCAGUCGAUUAAAGGAAAGACAGGGACUGCUGAAGAACACACUGGAGAAAAUACAAAAUGGCCUAGGGGAUGGAACAGCAAAGGAUCUGGAAUCCAGUCUGGCUUUGGCAUCACCAGAAGUGCAGCAGUGUCUGGCUUCCUGUAAACACAUUGCAGAGAGUGCCAAGCAGCAAAAUGCCUUUCAAAGUGAAAACGAGGAGUGGUUUUUGGUCGCCAGGGUGAUUGACAGGGUGUGCUUCAUCGUCAUGACGUUGCUGUUUAUACUGGGCACCAUCGCAAUCUUCCUGAUGGGCCAUUUUAACCAGGCACCAUCUCAACCAUUCCAUGGAGACCCCAAAAAAUACCUGCCUGAAAUCUCACCUGGGGACAUCACAGGCUAAACACAUCCCUACCUCUGUACAGUUUAAAAAGAGCUUAAAGAAACUUCAAUGCCACAAAGAAGAAUGGAAGAUAUUCCAGAGACAAACUGCAGUCAGAUUUUGUUUUACUAUACUGUGGUAAAGGGACCCUCAGCACUAUUGUGCUGUACCGAAAAAUAUUCACUUUUCAUGUGUGUUAGAUCUUAAGCCAUUUGAGACAGAAAAAUUGUCUAUAUGAGUUGUGUACAAUAAUGGAAAUUAUAUUAUUUGUUAAUCAUUAUUGUUUGUAUUCAUUUAAUCAGUCUCAAUUUUGUGUACUGAUUCAACAGAAAUAAACAAGUUUAACCUUC